GUGGUGGGAUCAGAGAAGAAGACGCGAGAGAAUGGAGGCCAUUGGCAAAACCUGCUGCCCUUCCUUGGUCCUCAUGUACCCCCUCGACAAAGAUGCAAUCUUUACGAUGAAGGAGAGGAAGCACGGGCACGUGCGCGCUGUCGUGGGUUCCAGCAAUCCCUUCAAGCUGAGCAGAAUCUCGUGUGGAGGAGUAUCAGAAGAUGGGGUGGAGCCUAGGCAGAAACCCACCACAAUGAGGGUGUCAGCUGUUCCCGGAAGCAGGACGGAGGAUUAUAACACAGCCAUGAAGAGGAUGAUGAGGAGCCCUUAUGAAUAUCACCAUGAUCUUGGCAUGAAUUACACACUGAUAACUGAUAAUUUGAUCGUGGGCUCGCAGCCUCAGAAACCUGAAGAUAUUGAUCAUCUUAAACACGAAGAGAAUGUGGCUUACAUAUUAAAUUUGCAGCAAGAUAGGGACAUUGAAUACUGGGGAGUUGACUUCCAGGCUAUCCUGAGAAGAUGUCAAGAACUUGGAAUCCAGCAUAUGAGAAGGCCGGCAAGAGAUUUCGACCCAGAUUCGUUGAGAAGUGGAUUACCCAAAGCUGUGUCAUCUUUAGAGUGGGCAAUCUCAGAUGGAAAAGGGAGGGUUUAUGUGCACUGUACAGCUGGUCUUGGAAGGGCCCCUGCCGUUGCAGUUGCUUAUUUGUACUGGUUCUGUGGCAUGGAUCUGAACAAGGCUUAUGCCUUUCUGACUGCAAAACGACCUUGUGGUCCGAAUAAAAGAGCCAUACGUGGAGCUACCUAUGACCUGGCCAAGAAUGAUCCGGGGAAGGAGCCUUUUGAGAGUCUUCCAGAAUAUGCUUUUGAAGGUAUAGCUGAUUGGGAGAGAAGCUGGAUUCAGGACCGUGUACGUUCUCUUCGUGGGACUUGAAUGCCCAUGUGUCCGCUUAUUGGAUACCUUUGCCUAGACAACUUCUUCCCUAUGAUACCAUCAGAGGUUCGGAGCAUGGAACAAUUUUAUGGAGGGUAGUUGAGGCAGAGAAGAAUGGCCUCUGUUGGUUUACUGUUACAGGCACAUAAACCUUGGCAUCCUUGAGGAUUAUACAAAACUUGGUUGGAAAAGAAUUUGAAACCCAUUGUCGUUUAAUAUAAAUGGUUUUUCAAUUUUAUAUGUACACUGAGAACAUCGACGCAUGCUGUUGAUAUGAUGUCAGGUGCCGGUUCCUUUUUGUAGUACAAUGGAGGUCCAACGAACCGUACUCGACGGUGAAUAGAAAUGGUUUAUUUGAGCUCUCA